GGUCGGUUUGUUUUAUUUUCUUGCUUUUGUUAUUGUAAAAUGUGAAGACUGAAGUGCAUAUCAAGCUGUAAUAUUCUUCGCCUAAUCCCGGUGUAAUAAUUGCCGUUCGCUUUUCACUACAUUUUACGUGUUACAAGGUAUAUUUCGGUUGCGGCUUUGAAAUGUUUUUUUGUGUUUUUCAUUGCCACUACCUGCGUGUGUAUGAGUGAGUGAGUUCUUGCCUGUGUGUAUGUAUGUGUACAUGAUUCAAUGGAACAACAUACAUACAAUUGUACAUAAUAUAUUUAGCGUUUCGUCAAACGGAACACAAACCAAGUUUGAAAAUUUUAAUGUAAACAGCGAGAAGAGGAAGCUGAAAUUGUCUAUAGAUAAAAUAGAAGUGCAGCCGAUGAUGAGAAACAGAACAAGAGGGACGGCAAAGGAGCACUAAACAACGUCAAUCAAGCACAUCCAACUUCAGAUCCAUCCAAAAGAAACAAAACGCAACGGAAAACGUCUAAGCCAUAAACUGAAACAUCAUCAAGUAGACCUAACGAGUCACUCCUCCACAUAAGCCAAUUUAUCGAAUAAACAAAGCAAGUCAACCGAGCAAGUAGUAGGGCUGACCCCAAACACAAACACACAUACAAUCGAACACCCGCCUCCACAUACGAACCCACACACACACACAUACACCAACAACUACAACUACAUAACAUAUAACAGGACGGCACCAUGGAGUUCGGCCAUGUUUGAGCGCUUUCGUUUGAGCAACCUUAGCAGAAACUUCCGACUUCGCCGAGGCUCCACAGAACUGGCGCGCGAUAAGAAACAGCAACGGCAGCAAUGCGUCACCGUCUUGUUCCUAGAUGACAUCACGCACACCUUUCGGAUCGAGAAACGUGCUAAGGGAUCUGAGCUCUUGGAUCAGGUCUUUCAAUAUCUCGAACUAUCCGAAAGGGAUUAUUUUGGGCUAUUAUUUCCACAGAAACCCGGUGAUGUUGUCAGAUGGGUCGAUGCCCAGAAGCAGUUCAAAAAGCAAUGCAGCAGCGUCUCACUGGACAACGAUGCCGUUCCAUUAUUAGAGUUUAGGGUUAAGUUCUAUGUAAGUGAUCCCAGCAGAUUGCAGGAGGAGUUCACACGCUACCAGUUCUACCUGCAAAUCAAGCGAAAUAUUUUUAUGGGAAAACUGCCAUGCUCCAGCAACACCCAGUGCCUGCUUGCCAGCUACACGGUGCAAUCUGAAUUGGGAGACUUCAAUGCGAGUGACCAUCAGCCCGGUUAUUUAAGUGGAAUGCAGCUACUGGUCGAGCAGACAGCCGAGACCGAGCGAAAGAUUUGCGAGCUUCAUAAGCUGCAUCGUGGCCAACUGCCUGCAGAUGCCGAAUACAAUUAUCUGGAGCACGCCAAGCGUCUUGAUCUGUAUGGCAUAGAUCUCCACAAGGCCACCGAUUCGAAUGGCAUAGAAUUGCAGUUGGGUGUCUCGGCUGUCGGUCUGCUGGUCUUCCAACACGGGCUGCGCGUGAACACCUUCUCCUGGUCCAAAAUGGUGAAGGUGUCAUUCAAGCGAAAGGACUUCUUCAUUCAGCUGCGCCGUGAGCCGAGCGAGAAUUAUGAUACAUUGCUUGGCUUUGGGAUGAUUUCGCAUAAGCAUGCGAAGGCAUUGUGGAAAUCCUGCGUGGAGCAUCAUUCGUUUUUUCGACUGAAACGACCGCAUCGUCUUUCGCGCUUCCUUAACAUCCGUCUGGGUUCAAAGUUUUAUUAUUCGGGCCGUACGGAGCUGCAGGCAGUGCAGGAGUCGAAACAGCGCACUCGCAUCCACAAAGUUUUCGUGCGCUCACCCAGCAAGCGGUUGCUGGCUAGUGGCUCUGCCGGUGGAACACCGCUGCUAAACGGAGGCAGUGGUUCCGACACCACUGGCAAUGGCAGCGUAUCACACAAUGGCAAGACCACCGCAUCUAUACUGACCAUCACAAAAACGAGCCGUCCCCACGACAACAAAGUCACGUCCAAAGAGGCCGAGUCGAUGCCCCGCAAGGCCUGGGAGCAACAGAGCGACGAGUACGAUAUUCAGCUUGAUGUCGGUUUAAUUGAGCAGUGCACGCGCCGUUUCGAAUCGUCACCCAUACCGCCAGCUUACAGCUCCGGCCAACACAGUCCAUUGCUGUUGCCGACAACCAUUGCGGAUGCGGUACAGGCGCCUGAUAGUGGUAGCGACCUAAUCACGAUACGGCUGCUGGCAGAUGAACAGGGACGCUUUGGGUUCAACGUCAAAGGUGGAGUGGACCUGAGUCUGCCAGUGCAAGUUUCCAAAGUGGUGCCGCACACGCCCGCCGACCGCUGCACGCCGCGCGUUUGCGAAGGUGAUGAGGUGGUCAUGAUCAAUGGUCGCGAUGUUCACGGCCUCAGACACGAGCAGGUGGUGACUAUGAUACGUGAAUGUCGCCAUCAGGCCAACGGCGAGCUGCUGCUCACAGUCAGGCCGCAUCUUACAACGCCGCUCCUCGAAGAGGAGCCACUGUACCAGUAUGUGCCGGAGAGCGAUGAGAUUGGAUCACACUCAAAUCUGCUGGAUGGUGAUGCGUUGUUCACGCAAAGUCUGCUCCUUCUCAGCGAUGGGCUAGCUUCAGGAGCCCUGCUGGCCCAGUACGAACUAAUGUACCGCAAAAACCCGGAUUUGGCCAUCACGGAGGCUCGCAAGCCGGCUAAUGCUGCCAAAAAUCGUUACCGCGAUAUCUCCCCAUACGACUGCACCCGAGUUUCGCUUGUUAAUUCCCUGACCGGCGACUACAUCAAUGCCAACUACGUGAACAUGGAGAUACCUGGUGGUGCGGUAAAUCGCUAUAUAGCCACCCAAGGACCUUUGGCAAGCACAACGACUGACUUUUGGCGCAUGGUGCAGCAGGAGAGCAGUCAUCUAUUGGUCAUGCUGACAACGGUUAUGGAGGCCGGCCGGCAAAAAUGUCACCAAUACUGGCCCGUAACCGGCGACGAACUGCAAUUGUCCGAGGGCUUCUCCGUACGCUGUCUUAACGAGAAGCCUGAUGAGACCGGCAGCUUCGUUUUUCGCGAGUUUGUGCUUAGCGAUCGUCGCACAGGCGAGCAGCGUCACAUUCAGCAUAUGCAAUAUCUUGCGUGGCCUGAUCAUUGCGUGCCCUCCGAUCCCAAUCUGUUCCUGGAAUUUACGGAACGCGUGCGUGCAGCGCGCAAUCGCACAUUGCUGCAGGAGAUCGAGGAGAGUUUGAAGCAGGUGCGGCUUCUGGAUGCCGAUGCCGAUGAGAAUGGCGGUCUGAUGAGUGAGCGAAAGUGUGCGGCAAGCAAUGGUGCAACGCCAGAAGAUGAAACUCCAGUCUCGACUAGUGUGCACCAAUGCAUCAGUGCCGCCAAUCCGCCAGUCAUUGUGCAUUGUUCCGCGGGCAUCGGACGCACUGGAGUGCUGAUACUCAUGGACACGGCGUUGGCGUUGAUGGAGGCACGCGAGCCUGUCUAUCCCCUAGACAUUGUGCGAACGAUGCGCGACCAGCGCGCUUGUAUGGUGCAGAAUGUGAGCCAGUAUCGUUUUGUAUGCGAGUGCAUAUGCGCCGCCUAUAUGAAAAUAUCGCGCAGCAGUGCGGCCAUCAAUGACGAUGAAGAUUAGCAGGGCUUUUGAAGAGGUGCGCGGAAAAAUGCCAAAAUUCCAGCUGCCCAAUUGUAUUCAGAAUUUAAAUCUACUCUAAGCGCGCAUAAAUAGAGCCCAGUUUAAAAACCCACGGAAACAAUCUUACAAAUAAUUGCUAAUUUUUGUAGAGAAACCAGUCUCCUCUCUUCAAGCGGAAAGCUAAGCCCCUUUAUGCAUAGCACCGACUAUGUCUUUGUCUUCAAUCUUUAACAAUUACAACACGUACAUCAUCUAUCUUAUUGUUAGAAUGUAGAACUAUUAUAUUACUUAUUUGUAUCUAUAUGUAUGUAUUAUUCUUAUUGUAUAUCUAUUCUCUUCCAAAUGGGAAAUUACACGCAAGUGCUGCUGAAA